GUGAAACUUUGUUGUCGGUUCAAUCCUGUGCAAGUCAGGUGCAAGAGAGACACAGAUCGCGCCUGUUCCGCCCGGAGACUUUGCUUGUAUGCUUAAAGCAUUGUCUGAGGAGAGUACACUUUCCAAUGAAAGACCUGGAGAGUAAACUUCAGUCCAGGCAGCUCCUCAGUGUGAGACAGGGACCUUACGAAAUAGUUGCAGGCACCGCCAAUCCGGGCAGUUUGCUGCAGGAUAUCUGAAUGAACCGAUACCCCGUGCAGGAUGGAAAAUAUUUCCCAUAACGAUAAUUAUACGCUGCCACCGCACUUUCGUUGUGACUACCAAUCGUGCCCUCUCUUUCCUGUCUCCAUUUUGGUGCCUGUGACAACCUUCUGUAUCGUCCUGUUCAUCCUCGGGGUCACCGGCAACACCUUAACAAUCCUGGUCGUAAGAAGGUACAAGGACAUGAAGACGACCACCAACCUUUACCUGUCCAGCAUGGCGAUGUCUGACCUGCUCAUCUUCCUGUGUUUGCCCUUUGACCUGUAUCGCCUGUGGAAGUACAAGCCCUGGCUCUUGGGGGAUUUGUUGUGCAGGUUUUACCAUUACAUUAACGAAGGCUGCACCUUCGCGUCAAUCCUGCAUAUCACUGCCCUGAGCAUCGAGAGGUACCUCGCCAUCUGCUUCCCUCUUAAAGCCAAGGUGUUCAUCACCAAGCGAAGAGUGAGAUCAGUUAUCGCCUUGCUGUGGUCUCUGGCCUUACUGUCCGCUGUACCUUUCUUUCUCCUGGUCGGGGUGGAAUAUGAUAUGUGUGGACACACCGAAUAUGCCGUCAGCUCGGGGCUCUUAAACAUCAUGAUCUGGGUGUCCACCAUCUAUUUCUUCUUCCCCAUGUUCUGCCUCACUUUCCUCUAUGGGUUCAUCGGAAGGAAACUGUGGAAAAGCAAGGACGAGAUCGGGGGUCCGAAUGCUGCGAACCGAGAGCUUCAUCACAGACAGACAGUCAAAAUCUUGGCUGUGGUUGUCCUGGCGUUUGCUAUCUGUUGGUUGCCUUUCCACAUUGGCCGAAAUCUAUUCUCCAACAGCUCUGUGAGUGGGGGCGUCGACAUGUACGUGUUCAGCCAGUAUUUCAACAUCGUUUCCUUGCUGCUCUUCUACCUCAGCGCCUGUAUCAACCCCAUCCUUUACAACGCCAUGUCCAAAAAAUACAGAAUGGCAGCUCGCAAGCUGCUGUUCUCUCGCCAAGCUCGGCCGUGGUCUACCUUCAGCACCCGGGACAUCAGAGACGACACUUCAGCCUGGACAGGGACAAGUACUAGUGUCUGAAUCAGCCAAGGGAAAUAGUGAAUACAUUUGCCGGAGAUACGGAAUGACAGGGGGAAAACGAACGGAGAAAGUGUUAUAUUUAGUAAAUACAGACUGUGCAUUUCUGAGAUCGUCUGUGUAAAUCGUCAAAUUGUACUUUUAUUAAAACGCUCGCUAUUUUCACGUCAAAUGCAGAUUUGUUGCAUCCCCACUGGAUUUUCUAACUUUUGAACAAUUGCUAAUUGGCUUAAAUUGGAUUGCAAUCUUUUACUGUGUUAGUCAAGAAAGCGCAAAAGUGGAAUCAAAAUAGAAUAUACUAAAACUACGAGUUUACAGCCAGCUUAAUGUAAAUACGUGUACAGAAUUGAAAUAACAUGACCAUCUCCAACAGAUUCGAAACGCGCUCUGGCAUUCCCGCCGUUAGCAAUACUAAAGGAUGACCCUCCGCCAGAAAGUACAACGGACAACAUUAAAAAGGUCAAUGUAAAGUCGCCAUUGUUUUACCAAAACGUAGAAUAGAGGUAGGUUUAACCUGAGGGUCACCAUGCUUGUGUAGGUGGAAGAGGUUAAGAAGAUCGCACUUUCAUGGUAACCUCAGCCGGUGCGGAAUUGAACCUAACUGUGCCACUUUGUAUCCAAACCUGCGGUACAGCCAAGUGAGCUAACCGAUCCCAUACUCCCUGGCCAGAAGAGCAGUAAUCGGUGAUUGUCCUGGUGUUUGCUUUCAGUUGGUUGCCUUUCCACAUUGGCCGAAAUCUAUUCUCCAACAGCUCUUGAGUGGGGGCGUCGACAUGUACGUGUUCAGCCAGUAUUUCAACAUCGUUUCCUUGCUGCUCUUCUACCUCAGCGCCUGUAUCAACCCCAUCCUUUACAACGCCAUGUCCAAAAAAUACAGAAUGGCAGCUCGCAAGCUGCUGUUCUCUCGCCAAGCUCGGCCAGUGGCUCACAUCCCGAUUUCUCAAAAU